AUGCCGCCCUCGCAGCUUAAGCAGCUAAAGGCUUCAUUGCGAGAUACUGGGGUCCUAGGACCUCAGCAGUCGAAGAAGCAGAAGCGCCAAAAUGCGAAGACCGGUGCUGGCGCGCAAAAUCGAAAUCAGCGCAAUGCCGCAUUGCAAGCGAUUCGAGACCGAUUCAACCCAUUCGAGAUUAGGCCCACCGCUACGAGGAGCAAGUUCGAGACAACAACCCGCGAUGCGAACUCCACCAAGGCCACUGGGCGUCGCCCAGGUGUCACCAAGUCCUUGGGAGAAGAGAGGCGACGAGCGACACUCUUGCAAGAGAUGAACAGCCGGAACAAAGUCGGUGGACUCGUCGAUCGACGUUUCGGUGAAAACGAUCCGACUAUGACGCCUGAGGAGCGCGCCGCCGAGCGAUUCGCCAGAGAAAGCCAGAAGAAAAUGCGCAAAGAGUCAAUUUUCAAUCUGGAGGAGGAUGAGGAAGAAUUCCAAUUGACACACAUGGGUCAAUCUUUGACUUUGGAUGGGAAGGCCGUGGAUGAUUUCGACGGCGGCGAUCUGGAUGGAGCCGAGUCCGACGAUGACGAGGCCCCGCGAAAAAGGAAACGCCUCGGCGAAGACGACGAAGACGCCGAAGAUUUCAUUGACUAUGGGGAUGACGGCGAGGCUCAACCGGAACGCAAAAAGUCAAAGGCUGAGGUCAUGAAAGAGGUUAUCGCGAAAUCCAAGUUCCACAAGGCUGAGCGACAACAAGCAAAAGAAGAUGACGAUGAUCUUCGAGAGGAAUUGGACCAGCAGCUACCGGAUCUUUUCGACGCCCUGCGCGGUAUCAAAGCUCCACCGAAACCGGAGCCGCCGAGGCAAGACUUGGACACAAUGAAUCCAGAGCGCGCAGCUAUGCUUCGCGAGCCCGAAGGCAAGGAUACCGAGAAGGAGUAUGACCUCCGGCUUAAGCAGUUGACUUUUGAUAAGCGAUCAAAGCCAACUGAUAGGACAAAGACGGAGGAAGAGAAGGUAGAAGAAGAGGCCAAGCGAUUGAAGAAGCUGGAGGAGGAUCGUCAGCGCCGCAUGCGUGGCGAGCAGCUCAGCGAUGAAGAAGAGGAGCCGGAAAGUGACAAGGACUCCUUCUUCCAAGGCGACGAGGAUGAGGAGUCCGAGAUUGAUGAUGCUGCUGCUUUUGGCCUACACACAACGUCCUAUGAGCCCCGACCUGAGCUCGCCGUUGAGGAUGAGGACGAUUUUGUGAUUGACGAUGAUCUUGUCGAGACGCGCUCAAAUGUCAGUCUUUCAUUUGACGAAAGCGAUAUGGAAGAGGAGCAGAUCUCCGGUGAAGAAGAUGAAGAAGAAUCUGAAGAAGAAGAUGAGCUCAUCAACGGAAUGACAUUACCAACUGCUGGUAGCGCCAGUGCCUCAACAGCAGUGCAGGUGAAUCAGACUGCCGAUGGUAAACUGGCAUUUACCUAUCCUUGCCCGGCGAACCACCAAGAAUUCCUUGAUAUUAUCGAGAAUGUGUCUGGACAGGACCUACCCACCGUCAUCCAGCGCAUUCGUGCGUUGCAUCAUCCCCGUCUCCACCCUGACAACAAAUCCAAACUUGGUCGAUUCGCAGAGAUUCUUGUCGAGCACGUGUCCUACAUGGCAAAUGAACGAGCAGAACCCUCUUUUCCAAUUAUCGAGAACAUCUUGCGUCACGUCCACUCUCUGGCCAAGACCCACCCUAUUAAUGUGGCAAUGGCUUUCCGUGCUCGUCUUCGUGAGAUCUCGGAGAAUCGCCCCCUCAAUCUUCUUCCCGGUGAUCUUGUGGUUCUUACCGGCGUUUCAACUGUUUUCCCGACAUCUGAUCACUUCCACGCCGUGACAACGCCGGCGCACCUGUGCCUUGCUCGUUUCCUCGGCCAGUGCUCGCUCGAAGGCCUAGGCGACUUCGUCACCGGUGCCUUUGCCACUAGCUUGUGCCUGCAGUACCAAAGCAUUGCUAAGCGGUAUAUUCCGGAGUUCAUCAACUACACGCUAAAUGCUCUGUGCAACCUGGCUCCCGUGGAGUUGGCCUCGAAGCAACUUUCUUUCCCCGUCCGCAAAGCCCAACAAUCUGUCAAGCUUGCGCCAACAAAGAAGGUCAUGUCUCGCAAGCUGCAGUUCCGCGACGUGAAGCAGAUUCCUUCCGAUACUCAUGCGCAAGAGGACCUCAAGCUCUCCCUCAUUACUACCUACGUUUCCCUCCUUGACACUGCUUCGGAUCUUUGGGCCAGCAAGUCUGCGUUCAUUGAGAUCUUCACCCCCGUUCGCACGGUCCUUCAGCAUCUCCGCCAAUGCUUCAAGAACAAACUUUUCGCUGCUGGCCGAGACUCCGUGCAGGCAAUGAUAGACAAAAUCGAGGGCCAUCUGGCCACUUCUUCCCGUGCUCGUCGUCCCCUGCUACUCCACAACCAUCGUCCGUUGGCCAUCAAAUCUGCGAUUCCCAAAUUCGAGGAGAACUUCAACCCCGACAAGCACUACGAUCCAGACCGCGAGCGCGCGGAGAACAACCGUCUCAAGGCCGAGUACAAGCGCGAGAAGAAGGGAGCUAUGCGCGAGCUGCGCAAGGACGCCAGCUUCAUUGCUCGCGAGAAGCUGCGCGAGAAGAAGGAGCGCGAUGCCGAGUACGAGAAGAAGUACAAGCGUCUUAUUGCCGAGAUCCAAAGCGAGGAGGGUCGGGCAGCCAACGAGUACGAACGAGAGAAGAGAGGACGUGCGGGCAAGCGUUAA